AACAGUCUUUCUUUUCAGGUUACGGUGUCUGAAGCUGUAAAGAUGGUUCAGCGCCUGACUUACCGCCGUAGGUUGUCCUACAACACGGCCUCUAACAAAACCAGAUUGUCCCGGACACCUGGGAACCGCAUUGUCUACCUGUACACCAAGAAGGUUGGCAAGGCACCCAAGUCAGCCUGUGGCGUCUGCCCUGGCAGACUUCGUGGUGUUCGUGCUGUUAGGCCUCAGGUCUUGAUGAGGCUCUCAAAGACCAAGAAGCAUGUCAGCAGGGCUUAUGGUGGAUCCAUGUGCGCCAAGUGUGUGCGUGACAGGAUCAAGCGUGCGUUCCUGAUUGAGGAGCAGAAAAUCGUGGUUAAAGUACUGAAGGCACAGGCACAGAGCCAGAAAACUAAGUAAAUGUCUGUAUUUGUUUUGCCACAAUAAAAGGUUUGAAAAAAAA